AUGGGUUUUGCAGGUGCAUCUGUUUCAGCUGCUGUUGGAGCACAUGUUGAGACUGAUAGUAAUGAGCAGCAGAUUGAAGUGCAGCUGUUUAUUCACAAAACUGGAGGACCUGCUGAGGUAGAUAACCAUAAAAAGUGGAAGCAAGCUCUGGCCACAAACAACAAGACCUGGGCAGUAAUUGACAGAGGACUCACUUUGACUCCAAUUUGGGAAAUCAUCAAGUCAUCACAUAUGAAUGAUUUCAAGGAUACAAUAAGACUAUGCAGAUUCCUUAUGAAUGCCUACAAAGAAAUUACAGGCCAGGAUUCAGAGCCAUGCUGGGGAGACAAAGAGCUCAGACUGAAGAAGGAGGUUGAGGAAAUGAUGCAGUCUGUGGAAAAAUGUCCUGCUUCCAAUGCUGAAAAGGGUUUAACUCAGUUACUUGAAAUGAAGAGAAGAAUACUGGAGGAGACACAUUCGUCCACGAUGUGGAUUCAAUGCCUCUCAAAUAAAGAGAUUCAAAAAUUUUUAAUGGAAGUUACAAUGGCACACAAUGAUAAAUACCUGAGAGUUCUGAUGCAGUCAGUGAUGGAAUAUCACUGCAAUGAUGUUGAAGAUUUCCCAAAUAGAUCCGUGAUUUUGAAAUGGAUUAAUGAACAGACACAGGUCCAUGAAACAAAAAGUGACAUUAUCACAUCAGUCUCUAACUUCUCUGAGCUGGAACCUCUCCUAAAAACAGUCAGAGAUAAUCUACAGAGCAAUCCUUCACAAGAAACAAAAAUAUCUGCUACUUGCACAGUUACCAAUGCUUUUAAUUCAUUUUUUGCACAUUUGGAGAAAAGUGGCCAUGGUGACUUGUUGCUGCUUCUUCAGUCAGUGAUUUGUCUUGUGGGUUACAAGAGAGAAACAUUUGAUCCCAUCAUUGGUUUGCCUGAAGUUGACUUUUUAUUAGAAAGACUAUCAGAGGUACAUAGAACUUACUGUGCUCUGAGGGAAAUGAGUCUGGAGAAGGCCCAAGCUUACACGUUGCUCACAAUUUUGACUGUGUCCCAUGACGGAUGGAAAGUGUCCCCUUUGGACAAAAAAGAGAGACUUGAAAGGUAUAUGCUGAAAAUGGAUUCGGUGACUUUGCCCGCAAUAACUGCAGUGAUUAACUGCUUUGAAGUCCACAAGAGAUGGAAAGAACUUGAGGGACAAUUGAUGUCUCUGACUGGAAGAAAAACAGUGGAAGAACAGGCAAUCAUAUCUCAGAAAACAAUUGAAGAUUUGCAAAAGUCUGUUAAUGUUGCAGGCACAAGUGUUAAACAUCAAAUUCAGCGUGAAGAACAAUUUCUUGAUUUAGAAAACUGGCGGGAUCAAGAAUGUAGAAAGUUGCUUGAGCGACUGGAUCUUCUGAAAUAUUACCCACGAAAGAUAACAACAGCUGAUCUUCUUCUAAUUCGCAGCAUGUCUGUUAAGACAAGUGUAGAUAUGACAGAAAGUGAGCUUUGGACUCAGUACAUCUGUAAACUCAUGGUGCUGGACAGAAAUGUAAGAUAUCUCUGCUGCAAAAAUGCUAAAUCUGAUGUGUCUGUUCAUGACAGAAAGACAAGUGAUUAUUUCAGUUUUGAAAGUGAAACUUGUUUCAGUAUUCCUAAUGAAGAGUCACAUAUCCACCCCAUGGAUAUUCAUAUGGCUGUUUUUCACUGUGCAGACAAUUAUGCCCGGCAGCGUAUUUUUGCACAGCUCACUUCAUGCCAAUUUGCGGUGCCUCUCCUGGUGCCAGAUCCCUCCACUCAAGAAAUUGAAGUUCCACUGUGGGCACUUCAACAGAUUAAAAAAACGUGGCAAUCCAAGAGUCACUCUGCACAGACAGGGGGAAAUGUGUUGCACCACAAUAAAUAUAUAAUCAGUGUUCCAGUUCCAGUUGUCUCUUUCAUUAGACUGGGAACAUCUUCAAAUUCAAAAUCUGAAAUCCUGAAUGGCAUCAUCAACAGAAAGAAGCACCCAACAUUUUUCAGCCGUCAUUGCAGUGGAAGCACAAACGGCAGACUGCUGCUUGAUGGGGUCACAGAGAUUUCUUGGUACUGCCCUGGAGGGAAGGAGAAUGACAUUUUUGAAAAUUGUAUCGCAUUCAUUAAUCUCCAUGGGGAUGCUGUUCACUUUCCAAAACAGUUGGAGUUUCUGUGCAGAGUCAGCACAGUCAUUGUUCUCCUGCUCUCUGAAAAUCCACUAGAACCUGAGGCAAAGAAGACAGCAGACAGUUUAUUGGAGGCCCCUCCUAAACUGGUCACAUUGUUCUCAGGAGCAGAGAAAACUGCCAGGAGAGAGCACUUAAGAGUCGCUGCUAAAAACAGAAAUGAGGCUGAACUGACAGAGGAAAUCAUCUCUAGUCUGAAAUAUUGUCUGUCAGGUCAUAAGGAGAUGCAGAGUGUGGAGAAUCACAUCGCUAAAGCAAUAGAGCAAGGACUACUUAAAGACACAAAGGAUGAGCUAUUGCAUGAGGAGGAGCCACAGCGUUUGUAUAUGUUGCUUGAUCUUGAAAAGCAUCUUGAUGAACUUUUUAGAGAUGUUGUUGUUGAACUUAAAAAGCAAUACCACUUAAAAUGGGCUGCAAGCAGACAAACUGUAAAAACCAAAGAAGAUUUUGACAUUGAGCUGACAGACUCCCUAUCUGAGAUAGGUAAGAAAAUUAAAUCUGCCACAUUUGGACUUCAGCAUAUAAUACGCGAAAUUGCACAGAUUUAUGAAGCUUUUAAAAGUGUUGGACAAAUUGAGGAUUGUUACAAAAUGGAUGUAAACAAACUCCCUACAAUAGCGGCUGAGAUCCUGUUGUCUGGGUACCCAUUGGAACUGAUGGAUGGAGAUGUCAAUCAUGUACCUCUAGAUUGGAUUAGCGCUGUUCUCAAGGAGCUCCUGAACAAACUUGGGGACAGACAAAUAUUUGUCCUCUCUGUUCUUGGAGCCCAGAGCUCUGGGAAAUCCACACUUCUGAACACAAUGUUUGGUCUACAGUUUCCUGUAAGUGCUGGACAGUGCACGCGAGGGGCAUUCAUGCAAUUACUCUCUGUAGAUGAAAACAUGAGAGACCAAGUUCACUUUGACUUUAUACUGGUUUUGGACACGGAGGGUUUACGAUCACUCCAACACUCUCACAAGACUGUCAGACAUGACAAUGAGUUGGCCACUUUCAUUGUUGGUAUAGGUGACUUAACUAUUGUCAAUAUCAUGGGAGAGAAUCUGUCUGAUAUUCAAGACAUUCUUCAGAUUUGCUUUCAAGCUUUUGUGAGAAUGAAAUCAGUGAAAAUAAAGCCAAGGUGCAUUUUUGUCCACCAGAAUGUAUCUGAGUCAAAUGCUAAGGACAAAAACCAAGAGGGAAGGCGGCAGCUUGUAGAGAAAUUAGAUGAGAUUUCCAAAAUGGCUGCUGAGGAGGAGAAUCUGAAAGUUGAUGGCUUCAGUGACAUAAUACAAUUUGAUGUAGACACACAGGUGUUUUAUUUUAAGAAUCUGUUUGAAGGGGAUCCACCAAUGGCUCCUCCUAACCCUUCAUAUAGUUGGAAUAUUCAGGAGCUUAAGACCAAAAUCCUCUCAAUUUCUGAAUGGCAGCCAGGUUGCAAGUUCCCCACCCUUUCAGAGUUACAAAUGAGGAUCUCUGAUCUUUGGAAUGCACUGCUGAAAGAAGACUUUCUGUUCCACUUCCGCAAUACUCUGGACAUAGCUGUGUAUAACAAACUUGAGUAUCAGUGUGGAAAAUGGUCAUGGGAAUUAAGAAAACAUGCUCUGGAGACUCAAAACAAUUUGCAUCACAAAAUCAUGGGUGGUGAGUUAAAAAGCAUUGAUGCAAGGCAAAUAAAUGACAGCUUAGAUGAGAUCUACCACCAACUAAAACUUCAUGUAGAGAAUUACUUCAAAGAAAACAAGCAUGCAGAUAUCUUGGUUCAGUGGAGAACAAGCACCAACACAAGACUUUACAACCUGAAAAAUGAACUUUUUGAGGAAACAAAAGUGAAAGCAAAAGAGUUUCUGGUGACAAAAGAAAUAUGUAAAGAGAUAGACAAAAGGAAAGCUGAGUAUGAAGCUGAACUUUUUAACAAAAGCAAGGCCCUUGCCUCUGACCUCGGAGCAAAUACACUUAAUGAUGAAGAACUAAGGAAUCAGUUCAGCAAGCUGUGGACGGCAUUGGUAACCAAAGUGUCAGCAGAGAAACCUACAACCUCAGAGAAUCCUAGCAUCCAAAGUCUUGUGGAACACAUUCUGACGGAACGCUUCAUGAAGAACACUCACUUAAUUCGAGAAGACAAGGGAGUCUUCAGGUUUGAUGUGGACAAACAUGUUAAGUUGUCACAUAAACAGUCAAUUACAACAUUAAGGGGAAUGUUCAACAUUAAUAACUUGACUGCUGAAGGAAACAGUCUGACAAAAGAAAUAGAAAACCACAUAGAUGCAUUGAUUGCUGAGAGAGAAAGAGAAAAGUUGGAUGUGGGACAAGCUUUUAUUUAUGAGCUUUUGAAUGAAAUUGAAGAUGUCAUUGGUAAACACCAAGCAUCAAGUGAAAUAAAGCUGACAGAAUUAUUCAAGGAUCACAUUUCUAUUCACGUGUGCAGUAAGGUAGUUCCCAAACUCACAGAAAUAGAGGCGAAUUUCAAGAAAUUCAAUGAUCCUCUGACAUAUCUCAACAGUCUUAAGGAAGAUUAUUUUGAGAUUUUCAGACACUUUUGUAAAGGUGCAACAUCAAUCAGUCUUCUUGUUGAUGUUCUCGGUAUCCACAUCAAAUCAACUCUUUUUGAGGCAGUUUUUGACAAAGCCACGAUUCAGAUAGUUGAGAAGUUAAAGUCCAGCCACCCAGUUUUCAGUGGACCAAAGUCAUGCUUGGAAGACCAUAUCCUGAAAUAUCUUGCCAGUAAAGAGGAUUUUAGCUUGUACAUGGAAUACAUCCAGGAGCCAAAAAAGUUUACCAGAACAUUUAUCACAGAACAAGUUGAAGGGUAUCUCAGUGAUGCAAGUAAGGUUUUGGGACUGCUCAAAUCAACUUUGUCACAAAUAAUAGACAAGGUGUUGAUUGAAAACAGUAAGAUAACAGCAAAAAUCGAAGAGACAGGAGCUGAUACUUUCACAUGGAUAAAGGAAUUCUCUUCAAAACUAAGAAAUGUCAUGUCUGUCUCAACUUUUGACUUCAGUGACAUUGAGAAUAUUCAGCUUCUUGAAAAAGAUGUGAAGUUUCUGAAAGAGUCAGUUGCUAGUUUGCUUGCAAAGAUACGCAGUGAUGGAAAGGAAGACUUAGAGAGCAUGCUGACCUCUUGUCCCCCUCUAUUUGCAAAGAUGCGCAAUGAUGGAAAGGAAGACUUAAAGAGCAUGCUGACCUCUUGUCCCCCUCUAUUUAGGUUCAGAAACAGACUGGGUGACAUUUUGUUCAAAGAGAUGUCUGGAUGCUGGGAGCAAUGUCCUUUUUGCGGUGCAGUGUGUACCAAUUCCAUCCCUGGCCAUGACACAGAUCACUCUGUUAAAUGGCAUAGAUCAAUCAUUGUUAAAUUACUGGAAGGCCCCCUGCCACAACCAGUUCCAGAGCUGGAGUCCCAGCUGGAACCAGAUCUAGAGCCCCUGAGGUUGUGGGAGCAGUGA